CUGGGGGCGGGGCCUGGGUGGAGCUUGGUUGCGGAGGGAGGUGACGCAGGAGCUAUCCAGCACGUCAGCUCCCUGUUUUGGCCCAGAUUGCUAGAAGCUCGCCCGCGGCCACACGGUUAAAAAUGACCUCAAGGAUGGCCAUACUAUCUGGUCUUUUGUUUUGGCUGCUGUUUGAGUGGAAUCCAGCAUUCGCUUAUAGUCCACGGACCCCUGACCGGGUCUCAGAGACAGACAUCCAGAGGCUGCUGCAUGGAGUCAUGGAGCAGCUGGGCAUUGCCAGGCCACGUGUGGAGUACCCAGCCCACCAGGCCAUGAAUCUUGUUGGGCCGCAGAGCAUCGAAGGGGGAGCUCACGAGGGUCUUCAGCAUCUGGGUCCUUUCGGCAACAUCCCCAACAUCGUGGCAGAGUUGACUGGCGACAAUAUUCCUAAGGACUUCAGUGAGGACCAAGGGUACCCAGACCCUCCAAAUCCCUGUCCUCUUGGGAAAACUGCAGAUGACGGAUGUCUAGAAAACGCCCCUGACACUGCAGAGUUCAGCCGAGAAUUCCAGUUAGACCAGCACCUUUUUGAUCCAGAACAUGACUACCCAGGUUUGGGCAAGUGGAACAAGAAACUCCUUUAUGAGAAGAUGAAGGGAGGACAGAGGCGGAAGCGGAGGAGUGUCAAUCCCUAUCUACAAGGAAAGAGGCUGGACAAUGUUGUGGCAAAGAAAUCUGUCCCCCACUUCUCAGAAGAGGAGAAGGAGCCAGAAUAAAGAGAAGACAGUAGGUGGAAACCCAUACAAUGCUUAUGUAUGUGCAUGUUAGCAGAGCCCGUGAGUGACAGCAUGCAUUUUACAUAUUUAUGGAUGAAAAACAGCUGUCCUUGUCUCCAUAGCGAUGCCUGAGCUUUCUGCUAAAUUAGAAUAAAAGCUCCUUUCCUUUUGGGGAUUUUUUGAUGUGGAUCUGCAAGAAACAUUACAAUUAAAAUGUAUAUGUCAAGUAUAAUAAAAACACGGAUAUGAAAUACUCUGAUUUCUUGCCGUUUUGGGUUGUGCUGUUUGGGCCAAGUCUGUAAAAAGCUAGCAUUUGAUUUUGAUUAUGUAGUGUAUCUAGCCCUUGGGCCUUGUUACACACCAAUAAAGAAGUUUGUACUCAAGGGGAGGGGCUGACACAUCUCACUCUGCUGCUUCUUAAUAAAUGUAUGUGCAAGCAUU